UGUCAUCGAAUUCUCGUCGCCUCUUCUGUGCAGUGUCAAGUGAGAUUUGGAAGAAGUAGUGGAGUGAAAUUUCCCAAAAUAUAGUCGCAAAACUACAUCGAGUGCCAAAAGGAUCAAAAUUGUUCAAUUGCACUUAAGUGAAAGGAUAACGGUGAAAGUGUCCUUUGUGCGUGUAGGUGUGCGCAACUCGUGUAACUAAGUUAAUGAAACCUUUCGUUAAUUAUGCUGCAAGGCACACGCUUAUAGUUAUCCUGUCGAAUUAAAUACAUAUGUAGCGAAUUUAAGUGCAACAUUGCGGCUUAAUUGAAUGUGUAUGUGGUUGUUGCCUUUAGUAAGCAAAGUAACGAAGAGAGGGCUGCUGCGAAAUUAAACUCAAGGAAAGUGAAUAGUGCUAAAGGAUAUAAGAAAAAAAUCAAUUGGUUCUCGUAGACUACCGCAAAUCUAAUAAAUUACGAAAAUUGCUUCAAAAUGAAACCGUUAAUCGCAUUUUGUGUCCUAACACUUGUAACGGUCAUUUCGGUUCAAGCAACACCCGCCAUCAGCUCCAGUGAAAAUGCGAUUCCUAUUGUGAAUCGCAAUCAACUGGAAGAGGGUUUCCUGCGAAAACUCAACAUAAAGUGCAGUCAAAGGGAUAAUCAUUCGUGUAUGAUGCUCAAGCUGAUUGUAUACAUGAAUCGAAUAUUCAAAAAGUCUUCAAUCGAUCUAAAUGAAAAUCUAAAAGUUACGCAAAAUAGAGAUAUCGACUCCAUACCGGAUGAUCCGGACGAUGAUUUAAUGCUGGCGCGUUCCAUUGAAUCGGAUGAUGAGACGCUCGGCCUACUUGUGGCUGGGAAAAUUUGGAAAUUUAUACGUUCACGUACGCUGCGCUAUAAAUUCUCCGACAAUGCAGACUUUGUGCUCACCACCGAACCGAAAGGUAACUUAAACUUUGGCGUCUCCGUCAGUCCAGUGGAUGCGCUGGAGGAGGGACGAGGCAAAAUGAAAAAUAUGGGACCGAUGUUGAUGGUAAUGAUGGCCAAAGCUGGUAUGGUGGGCGCCAUAAUGCUUAAGGGUUUAUUUUUGCUGGCAGGCAAAGCGUUAAUUGUCUCCAAGAUUGCACUGCUGCUGUCGGUGAUAAUCGCUUUAAAGAAGUUACUCUCACAAAAGAAGCACAUUGUUGAGAUACCACACCACGAUACAUACAGUUCGGGUUGGUCGCGUGCUUUGAAUGGUUUCAUCGAAGGCAUGGCUGAGGUGCCGGCACAAAUUAUCGCACAGGAAGCGCAAGAUAUGGCGUAUAGCGGACAAAUGCCAGCGGAGGAGCUGCACUGAGCGAUGUUGCUCAACGGUAUAGUCAAAUGUUAAUAUAACGAGUAUGUAUUAGAAAUUAUUGUUUGUGUAUAGAAAUACGUAUGAGAAAAGAAAAUUCGAUGCAAGCGAAAGAGUUUGAAGAAAUGAUGAAAAAAUUAAAUGAAAAUGAAAAUAAAAAAAUAA